ACGGUGCAACUGGUAACCAGGCAAACAUACCAACGGGCACACCGGUCAAUUACCAAACACAAAACCGCUGGAGUUCUCAACUUUUCGAUUGCAUGAACGACAGUGAAAAUGCCGUGAUCACAUUGUUAGCUCCAUGCGUCACGUUCGGACAAAUUGCGGAGAUCGUUGACGAAGGCGCGACGCCUUGUGCGACAGCUGGGGUGUUGUACGGUGCGAUAUUUUUUACCGGGGCAUGUUUCGUCUAUUCACACAUAUUCCGGGCCAAGAUACGAAACAAAUACGGGCUACCAGAUGCUCCGGCUCCCGAUUGGAUCACUCACUUAGUCUGUAUGCCAUGUGCUCUUUGUCAAGAGUAUCGUGAGCUCAAGCACCAUGGUUUUGACCCCAUCAUCGGGUGGGCUGGGAAUGCACAAGCACAGCAGCAACAGAUGAUGGCUCCUCCGACAGGUCAACGGAUGAUGGGUUGACUCAUAAACUUUUGUUAUUUUGUUCACAGCAUGUAUGUUGUUCCUGUCUUAUAUCUAUAUACUGCAUGGGCUCAUGGCCAAAAACAAAUGUAAGGCAAUUAUAUAACGUAAUCUUUUCCUAUGUCUGAUAUAUGAAUAAGUUUCUUCAA